AUGGCAGCUGCACCCCAAAGCCUCCUGGGGGCCCCCAGAGCCUUCCUCAUCCUCAUUCUCAUCCCAGCACCCCCUUGCGGCAGCGGCUUCCUGCAGGUCUCCCCCGGCCCCACCUCGCUGGGGGGCGCCGUGGGGCAGGAUCUGACCCUGGAGUGCCUGUACCGGGCCGGGGGGGGCGGCGGCGGCGCCGCCAACGUCAGCUGGUACCGGCUGUGCACCCCCGGGCAGGGCUGCGGCCGCCCCCUGCUGCCCCUGGAGGGUUUGGGCGGCGCAGGCUGGAGGCUGGGGGGGGAGGAAGGCCGCGGGACCCUCACCCUCCUCAGCCUCAGCCACAACGACUCCGGGCUCUACUUCUGCCGCGUGGAGGCCGGGGGGGCCCUGGGCAGGUCCUGCGGCACCUUCGUCAGGGUCCACACCCCCCGGGCCGUGCCCCUCUUCAACCUGCCAGAGAGGACCAAGGACCAGGUGCUGCGGGCGCAGGGGGCGCUGCUGCUGCUCAGCGCCGCGGGGCCUGGGCUGCUGCUGCUGCUCAGGCGCAGGGCCAGGCAGCAGCUGCAGCCCCAGAAGGGUCCCAGCGAGGAGGAGAACCUCUACGAGGGCCUCACCCUGGACACCUGCUCCAUGUAUGAGGACAUCUCGGGAGGGGUGCUCCAGGCCACCUACCAGGACGUGGGGACCUCCCAGGGCCCCCCCCAGGCCCCCCCCCAGCCACCUGGGGAACAUCUGGGGACCAACAACAGCAUCUGGAGGCUAUACCGGGGACCCCAGAGCCGCAGUGGGGAGCAUUGGGAGGGGGCCCCCGGGAGCUACGCAAACGGCGCAGGGCCGGCAGCUGCUCGGCAGUGCUGCGCCAACGGCGUAACGGCCGGGGAAAGGGCGGCGGCGCUGCGCAAAGGACCCAAUAGGCAGCGGGCUCCCGGGAGCCGCUGA